GGAAGGAGCGAGACAGGGAGGGACAGGGCUGAGGACAGGAAGGCGAUGCGACGGACAGGCGCACCCGCUCAGGCUGAUUCUCGGGGGCGAGGUCGAGCCAGGGGCGGCUGCCCUGGGGGCGAGGCGACGCCGUCUCUUCCUCCACCUCGCGGCGGAACCCGAGGACAGGAGCCUCAGAUGAAAGAAACAAUCAUGAACCAGGAAAAACUCGCCAAAUUGCAGGCACAAGUGCGCAUUGGUGGGAAAGGAACUGCUCGCAGAAAGAAGAAGGUGGUUCAUAGAACAGCUACAGCAGAUGAUAAAAAACUUCAGUUCUCCUUAAAGAAGUUAGGGGUAAACAAUAUCUCUGGUAUUGAAGAGGUGAAUAUGUUUACAAACCAAGGAACAGUGAUUCACUUUAACAACCCUAAAGUUCAGGCAUCUCUGGCAGCAAACACUUUCACCAUUACAGGCCAUGCUGAGACAAAGCAACUGACAGAAAUGCUACCCAGCAUCUUAAACCAGCUUGGAGCAGACAGUCUGACUAGUUUAAGGAGACUGGCUGAAGCUCUGCCCAAACAAUCUGUGGAUGGAAAAGCACCACUUGCUACUGGAGAGGAUGAUGAUGAUGAAGUUCCAGAUCUUGUGGAGAAUUUUGAUGAGGCUUCUAAGAAUGAGGCAAACUGAACUGAUCAACUUCUGAAGAAGAUAAACUUGAAGAAGUUACUGGGAGCUGCUAUUUUAUAUUAUGACUGCUUUUUAAAAUUGUUUUGUUUAUGGAUCUGAUAAAAUCUAGAUCUAAUAUUUUUAAGCCCAAGCCCCUUGGACACUGCAGCUCUUUUCAGUUUUUGCUUAUACACAAUUUAUUCUUUGCAGCUAAUUAAGCUGAAGAAGCCUGGGAAUAAAGUUUGAAACAAAGGUUAAUAAAGUUCUUUGCCUAGUA